GGAUUUUGUGCUUCAGAUGUUAUGGUCUUCAGUAGCAAGUACAAGGCAAAAUGAUGUGUCAUAUUUCCUGCCGAGAUGGUUGACAUGUCAUUGAACAAAUCCAUCGAUGGGAGCUUGUUUCAGAAGAUGUUCGAUGAGGGAGACUUCAUCGCUGCUAGACAUCCAAGUUUCCAGCCAGAAGCCCAUGAAGAGCUCCAAGGACAAUGAUUAUAUAUUCUAUGUCAUUGAAGGUGUUGUUAAUGUCAGAAUACACCAGACAUACUAUACCGUGAGCACUGGCAGGAUGUUCAUGGUGCCUCGAGGUAAGCCACCUCUCUUCAUUGUCUAGUGUUUACCCAGGUGUGCGAGUCGGCCGUAGCAUCCGAUGGCGAGGAUCCAAUGAGGC